GCAGUGCAGAGGAUGUGGUUUACGCGAUCAGUAAACACAUGUAAACAGCCAACUAAUCGCCAUUGACAUCUCAAAUAACACUUUUUGUUUUUCUUGCGUUGCGUACGUCUGUUGCGAUGCGUAGGAUUCAGGACGUUCAGGCGCAGCCCUCAGAAGAAAACUGACGGUGUUUUUAACGAAUUCGCGAAAGUGUCGACAGUAUGGAUGCCAAGGGAGACACUGUGAGCCUGGAUUUAAGCCAACUUACUGGCGAGAUUGUUGCUGUAGUAGAUGAGGACCAGAAGAGCAAGCCCGGCCUACUGCCAACCAGUCCUGCUGCGGCAAAGGAAUGGCUCUCGCAGAAGAAACAGACCAUUCGUCCAUGGAAGCAGUUCGUCAACUUUAACCGAUUUAACAUGCCCAAAAACAUUGGCGUUGCAUCCACCAGAGUCGUCCAGAAUGUUGAACACUUCCAGAGCAACUACCUCUUUGUCUUCAUUGGCCUCAUCUUGUACUGUAUACUGACCUCUCCUCUCUUGCUGAUUGCAAUAGUGGCUGGUAUGGGAGGUGCAUACAUCAUUCGCCUGAAGAGUGCUGAAGGCAAAAUCAAACUGUUCAAUAAAGAGCUCACUGUGAUCCAGCAGUACUGUAUACUGGGCAUGCUGUGUUUUCCAAUAUUCUAUGUGGCUGGAGCUGGAUCAGCUGUCUUCUGGGUUAUUGGUGCGUCCUUCUUCACGAUCAUGCUGCACGCAACCAUGUAUGCCAUCGAAGCAUCAACUCCAGAGGAAAGCUUUGAAUUGCAGUUGCAGACAGUGUAAAAAUGAUGCCGAGGUUCGAAACGCAUGUUUGGUUUGGCUGCAUUAACCAAUACAGUGGACCAUGGCUGGAGAGUGCAAGGAGCUUCACGCUUGUCCCAGACCUGAAUGUUCAGGGAAGACUUUCCACAACAUUUUUUGUUCCUUUCAGUAGUUGUAAAAUUUGGUAUCUCCUUCAUUGUAUGAAGGGCUGUGGAGACAAAACUUCAAGCUCUGCAUACUUGCUUGGUGUUGCCAAAAUUAAAUCUGGUCAGGGGCUGUGCAA